AUCACGCAUCACUUAACUGUUGCCAAUGUGUUCACAACGGUACACCCUCUGUUGGGAUUUUUACCUCUACUACUCUCAUUUCUUGGUCUAUUUAGUAUGGAAAGUAGACAACAAUGGCUUACCAGACUGAAAAAUGAACUUAGCAACAGUCCUCUGGUCUCAAAUGUGGCUUUUGGAUUUAUCCUCAUGGGACUAGAGAAGCUGGUGGAGCUGGAGUUUGAGUGUCCUUGCAAUCCUAAAUGGAACGGAGUGUUUUCAUCUGCCUUCUUCAUCAUUCCUGCUGUCAUGGCCUUCACGUUGAUGCUGAUCAUUCAAGGAUGCAGGUGCGAUACGUGGUGCCGGAAGACUGUGUCUUUUUCCAGUUUUGUUCCUGCAAUCGUGUGGCUGAUCUUGUUGUUCCUCGAUGGUCAGUACUUUGCUUGUGCAAUGACAGACUGGAAGGGCAGAUUUGUCAUAGUUGAUAAAGCAGCACCGCAGAAAUGGUGUGAGCCAACUAGUGAGGGAGAUGUCACACCGCAAGAACUAAUGCUCCGCUCACAGCAGCUAUUUGUUGUGUCUCAAGUUCUAGGUAUAUUUCUUCUCAUAAUCAUCUGUGUGGGACUCAUAGUGUAUGUGAUCAGAGAGAGCUGCCAGCAGGAGUCUGAGAUGCAGGAUGCAGACGUAGCGGAGCUCACCGUGCUCCGGAUGAGCUCUCUGAGAACCAGGACGACGUGAGAGGACAG